AGAUAUACCAGCAAUGUUGGAUCGAGAACCCAGAUCGACGCCCAAGCGCCAAACAGAUACAUGAUCAACUUAAUAAGGACACAAUAAUCACUAGAACCGUGUUCAAAGGGGAGGAGGAAAAAUGCUGCAGUCGGCACCCUCAUGCUUUGGGAAUAACCAAAUUUUAUAAUCCUUAA